CCGUAUGGAAGUGUUCUUCUGAGCGACGGAGAGUGAGAGAAGUAAAGUGAUUUGUUGCUGAUGAUCCAGUGCUCAGGAGAGGCUGUGGUGACUGUGGUUUGUCCAGGAGAUGCAUAAAGGAGCCUUGGCAUGUUCCUGUACAAAACCCUUAAACACAGAGAUGACGAUGAGGACUUCCAGUCCCAGAAACCCUGGAUAGAAAGCACUUUCACCAAGCGGGAAUGUGUGUACAUACUUCCAGUGUCAAAGGACCCCCACAGAUGCCUUCCAGGAUGCCAGAUUUGCCAACAGCUAGUCCGAUGCUGCUGUGGGCGGCUGGUGCGGCAGCAUGUUGGCUUCACGGCCAGCUUGGCCGCGAAGUACUCGGACGUGAAGUUGGGUGAGAACCCCAACCUGCCCGAGCAGGAGUGGUCGGUGGAGAAACACACAGAGGCCAGCCCCACUGACGCCUAUGGUGUCAUCAACUUCCAGGGAGGGUCUCACUCAUACAGAGCCAAGUAUGUGCGUGUGUCCCACGACACGCGGCCGGAGAGCAUCCUGCGGCUGAUGCUGAAGGAUUGGCAUAUGGAGCUUCCCAAGAUCCUCAUCUCUGUCCAUGGAGGGGUUCAGAACUUCGAGCUGCACCCACGCAUCAAGCAGGUGGUGGGCAAGGGCCUCAUCAAAGCUGCCGUCACCACCGGGGCCUGGAUCCUCACCGGAGGGGUCAACACAGGUGUGGCAAAGCAUGUGGGAGACGCUCUCAAAGAACACUGCUCAAGAUCAUCAAAGAAAAUUUGCACUAUUGGGAUUGCACCCUGGGGAGCCCUUGAAAACCGGAAUGAUCUCAUUGGCCGAGACAUCAUCGCUCCGUAUCAGACACUGCUGAACCCUCUCAGCAAACUAAACGUUCUCAACAAUCUGCAUUCCCAUUUCCUCCUGGUGGAUGAUGGGACAGUGGGCCGGUACGGCGCCGAGGUCCAACUGCGGCGAGACUUGGAGAAGCACAUCAACCUCCAAAGAAUACACGCAC